ACGUACCCGUUUGUGGUUGCUACGGGUUGAACCGGACACUAUUCAGGGAGGCGGCGGCAGGGUGCUGAAAGCCCAAGAUGUCGCUCUCAAGAGUUGUGCGACUAGGUAUUAAUCAACAUCCAGGCUGGCAACGCCUCGUUUCAAAAAUAUGUAUCCCUACCAGUACAAACGUCAUGUCCCAAAGAGGGGUGGUUUAUGACUAUGACAUGGAGAUGAGAAGAGCAAAAAGGGUUGUAGAUGAGGGGAAAGACGAUUCUUCAGACAUAUUGGACUACUGGUCCAAGUUAAAUGCAAAAUACUAUGGUGAACAAAGAGACAUGGUCAAUUAUCCUCCACCAGUUUUUUUGGAAAAAAGGAAACCGGUCAGAAUGUUCUUUUUUCCUAAAUCGCUCUUCGACUUCGUGGAACCCAAAACGGGAGUUUUAGGAGGCUAUAUGCUUGUUUUGGGAGCAAUAAACAUGGGUGUUUCCAAGGAGUUCCUUUUUCCUGUGGAUUUGGCAGAGAUUUUUGGGAUGAUUUUGGUGUUUAGUAAAGUUGCCCAACUUGGAAACAGGGGAUUAAGUAGACAUCUUAUGAAGCAAAGUGAUACAUGGACAGAGAAGGGCUAUUUAAAGCCACUCCAAGAAAGUAAAGAAGUUAGAGAGGUAGCUAUUCAGUUCACAGCAGAAAGAGUUGAGUUAGAAAGAACCCUCAAAAGUGUUGCUAUCCAGUCUGAAAGGGAAAAUGCACUGUUGCAGCUUGAGGCCAGAUACAGGGAAAGACUGGUCCAAGCUCACAAAAAAGUCAAGGAUAGACUGGAUUAUCAACUAGACAUCCAGCGAGAAAGACAGAAUUUUGAAAGACAACAUAUGAUUAACUGGAUCCUUGAAAGUGUAAGGAAGGGAAUAACACCGCAACAGCAAAAAGACAGCAUAACCAAGUGUAUACAAGACCUAAAAGACAUGGCACAGAAAGGCUCUGUUCAGGUAGCCUAAUGGACACAGCCUAUUGUACAUUUACUCUCCAGGAUAAAUAAACCAACAAGGACGCAAGAUAAUAGACCUGAUUGUUCUUGAAGUUUCAAAGUAUCUGAAGGACAUAGUGGAUUCUCUGUUGUAGUUAAAAUAAGUAUGGUAUGUUGUGAAAACUGUUCACAAUACUAUGGUAGCCUUUGUCUCUCUAUUCCAGUGCAUCUGACCAAUAUUGAGAAAUUUUGUGGGAAAGAAAGUACUUGGAAGUGUGAAAAACUAAACACAAUAAUAGUUUGUUUGUUUUUUUUUUUUGAGAUCUUACUUGUGUUUAAUGAAUUUAAAGGUUGAUGUGAUAUGAUAGUUAGGCAACUGAAGAAUAAAAUUAAAACCCAACAAAAUCUA